UUCCUAAUCCUACGCGAUUGAAGAUUUGAAACUUUGACAGGUCAAAUCACUUAGUGUCUCUAGGGCUGUCAAGUUUGGAUACUCUGUGGUGUUUAAUAUAAAACUGAUAUUAUCCAGUGUCACUGUUAAUGUUCUAACAGAAGAUACAGGGAAAUAUGGCCAAACAGGAAUGCCUUAUAGUGCUUUCGUCUUCCGAUCUAGGUGUGUCAGCGCCUUCUUUUCUUCAGUGCUACAAAUUGACACAGUCAGCUUUUAGUAUACAAAUUGCAGCACCUGAGGCUAAAGCUCCUACAUUUAUAGACAAGGAUGACCAGAGUAGUCGAUGGUUGAAUGAUAUAGCUUCAAAAAAUCUUCUUAAUCCUAAACCGCUUACAGAAAUUGAAGCUGGGCGCUAUUCUUGUAUAGUCAUUCCACACAGUCCUGGAGCAAGUGAGGACUUAGCCUCCUGUACACCUUUGGGAAAAAUUCUAACUCAUUUUUUAUCAGAAAAAAAACCUGUUUGUGCAAUUGGGCUGGGUGUAUGUGCAUUAUUAUCAGCAGUUAAAGGAGACUCUCAGCAAUGGGCAUUUAGAGAUAUUGCUUUAACUGGAUCAUCUUUAUCUGAAGUGACAGCAACAUCCUAUUUUGCUUCAUUGCCAUUGAUACCCGGUGAUGCUAUCUUAGAUCGGGCUGGAAUAUUUUCUACAGGUGCCCCAGCAAGUGUGCACAUAGUUGUGAAUGCUGGCGUUGUGACAGGGCAGAAUCCACAGUCAACACUUUCUGCAGUACAAAAUAUGAUUCUCCUAGCAAAUCAGAGGCAGACCAAAGGAAAAUGAACUUUUGCAUUUCCCAAGACCAGCUUCGUCAUCAAAUGAAAUGUCAGCUAUGCUUUUUGAAGAAAUACUCAUAGCAUUUAAUUUUAUGAUACACUAGUUUUACCAUUGAUUUUUAUAGUUUCAUUUUUUUAUUAAAUUUUAGGUACACAUUGUUUUUUAUGAUUUUUAAACAGGAAAUUAAAAUUAAUAUAUAUUGCUGUAACUUCUAAAUUUUUUUUUUUUUCAGUUAAAAGUACCUUUAAUUACAGAUAUGGUUCUUCUCAUCUGUUUUGCAAUGAUUUGAAUGUCAUUGACCAAGGGUUGCAUUCAUUUUAAUCAUUGUUUCAUUGUAACCUUGGGUAUAUGCAUGUAAACCUCCUUAUUCUCUUACAGAUCAAACCAUAUAACAGGUAUAUAUGUAAGUCUGUUCUGUUUGCAUUUUGGGAGAACUUAUAUCAUUUAUAGUACUACAGAAAUACAAACCAUUUUUUCAUGUUUUUAUCUGCUGAGGGUGAAGAAAGAUAAUUCAGAAUUGAUGAAAACUAAUACGUACAUCAGGUUAUUCACCAGGCUUACUAAAAUGCAGAUGAAUUACUUCCAAGAGAGGUGGGCAGUAAACUAUCACCUUCAAUGUGCUUGAGCAAUAGUCUUAAAGUUUCAUUAUCUUUUCUACAUCUCACCUAUAUUCAGAAUGUUUAAUUGGGCACAGUUACCAUUAUCUUGCAUUUUUGGCAUUUCAUUGAAUUGAAAUGAAGACCAAUGGCACUAUAUUCAUAACUGAGCUAAUUCAUCUCCAUGCCAGUCGAGUCCUCAUUGCCUUUAUAGCUUGAGCUUGUUUGCAUGUAUGCAGUUAAGCAUUUCUAAAUCAUUUCAACAGGAUGUCUCCAGACUCUUUGUGAAUUAUACUUCUUGAACUUGAGAUGUUGCUGAGAAGACUUUCUUGUAAAUCUCAUGUCAGAGUCUAUACUCGGUUUUUUCCAUCUGUCCAUCUGCCUGUGGUGUUUGCGUAUGGUAACACUGCGUCCCGGGCUUUAGAUAGUUACAUUCAGCUUACAUUCAACAAUAAUAACAAUAUCCUAUUUCGAAUAUCAACGGUGUACUUUGCAUACAGUAAAUUAUUAAAACACUUUUCAGUUGCAAAUGUACACCCAGAUAUCCUUUUAUUUACCUAAAAUUACACAUAACGUAACUAUUUAAAGCCAGGGACGCAGUGUUACCAUACAAAAACACCACAGGCGGAUGGACAAAUGGAAAAAAACAGAGUAUAGUUAAAUGAUGAGCAAUCACAUAAGUAAUGACAGUAAUGCAUUUUGUUGUAAGUGGUAAUUUAUAAAAUGACUAUCACCACUUAAUUUCCCAUGAGCAAAAAAUGAUGGUGUAACAAGGUGCUAACUUUCCGUCAGCAUGUCUUGGUUCUUCACUUUUUUCAAAGGAUUAAUGGGUUGGUGGCCACUGAAAGAUUCUUCUGGUUUCUUGUGUUUUCUUUCUCCAUUUCUUGUGAUGUUACUUAAUUUGACUUAGCUUGAUUUGAAAGGAUAAUUCUAGGUAGUCCACAUCCUUUUAUAAUGUUAAAGGUUUUACUUUAAUGGCCUUUCUGCUCUUAAGCAGUAAUCAGAAAAUCUGCUAUUAAGUAAUCAGAAAAUCACAAGUUGAAGUCUGGAAAAAAUUGGGCAAUGAAAUAAAAGUCCAGUGCUGAACAAGUGUACGAUUGAGGUGCCCAGCAACUUUUAUACAAGUUUUAAUGUUUUUAAUGUCCAAAACUGUAAUGUACUUUUUUAAAAAUUAGGAGUUCUCUUCAUCAGUAUGUGCAGCAGACACCAUUCAGAUUGAAAAUAUUGGUCCUGGUUUUUCAAUCUAAAUCACACCACUUGGUGAUCUCUAGAAUCUACAGAUUCAUAUGGUACUCCAAGAUCAGAUUAUAGCAUUAAGAAAGCAUCUUUGUGUACUUUGUUUUGAAGAUUAUCAUGCUCUAGUGAUCAUGUAAAUUUUCCUGUCACCUGUCCAUGUAGUGCUCACAGGGCGGAUGGCUUGUCAGAACCUUUUUUCUGGGUAACCUCUUGUUGGUAGUUUUCAUCAGAUUUUGAUGGUCUAUUUUAUCUACCUUGGGCAGCUAAAAGUACAAGUAAAAUACUGGUGUGUAUAUUAGAAAACAACUUAAAAUUGUUUAAAGCUGUUUAGACUUUCCUGUUCUGGUAAAUAUUGGCAUACAUAAUCAUGGUAUGUGUCACAAUAUUUUUGUUUAAGUGUAAGUUGUUAUUGUUGUGUACAUAUACCAAAAAUAUCUGGAGUAAUAUAACUCAAGCUCCUAACUGUAUUGUAUUGUUGUUUUUAAAAAAUAUAAGUUGUACAAAUUCUGUACUAAUUUUACUCGACAGAUAUUGUAACUAAAGUUACCCACAUAAGUGAAACAACAAUAUUGCAUUAGUUGUUAAUUUAAAUUCUAGAUAAUAGCUCACAACUUAAAAAAAUAUUUUUCAUGUUACCAAAACUUAUUGGUUUGGUAUGAUAAUUUUAGAAGGCCAGAAAAAUUCAAAGAGGUGUCAAAUACAUACAUCAGUCUUGUAAAAGUCAUUAAUCAAUAUUUUAGAGUGUAGAUAAAAGAUGUGUGGAAAAUAAUUUGUAGUUCUUUUGUCUUUCGCAUUCUACAUUAAUUUUUAUUCAUGUCAAGUAUCAUGAUUUGUUGAUUGAGACCAUAACUAAAAUAUUGUUAUCUGAACAAAUUUGUAAUGCUGGUUUUUACAAAAAAUAAGGGAAUAGUAUUGAAGUUAUUGACAUGAGUUUCAACAGUGAAGGAUCAUAAAUAUGGUGUACAGUAUAACCAAUGACUACUGUAGACCUUAAUACACAUUAGUAUUUUUGAUAUUUGAACAUUUUAUAUAUAUCCAUUGAAGCUGUCAAGGAAAACCAAGUAACAAUCAUAACUGAAUCCUUCAGAGUUCCACCUCCAAGUUGCUAGAUAUCAUUUUCUUAAACACAAAGGGUCAAUUGACAAAAUUAAAAAUAUCUGUUGAUUGUGAGUAAUUUUAAUUUUUUCCAAGGAAGGUCUACAGAUCUGAUGUAUGUACUUCCAAUAAACAGAAGCCCUCUUGGAUGGUACUAUAGAUAAUGGGAGUAAAAUUUUGCAAAUGAUAAAGCAUUAACUGUUUUUGAAAAAAUUACAUUCUCAACAGAACUAAAAAAAUUUAAAAUGCCAUGUUUAAAGUUCUUUGUGUUUCUGCUGUCUUGAAGUUGUUUAAAUGUUUUAUCAUGUUUUAUUGUAAGUUAGCAAACUUCAUACCAUAAUUGUGUACCUCCAGAGAUAAGUGAACCUAGUAAUGUAAUUCUGUUAUAGGUUAGUUCUAUAUUAGUACUCAAAAUGGACAUAUUUUUAAUCUUCAGAGCAGCUGAACAUGUUUGGAAAUAUCUGAAGCCACCUAGGAAGUUGUAAAAGAGUUUUUGUUAAUUAUGAUUGUGUCUUUGUAAUUAGGAUACCUUGUGAAACUCUGAACUUCUAGGUUUCACAUACCUUAUAGAGAUCCUAGACUGUGUCUUUCAGCUGAUUUUGUGUGUUCCUCAUCAUGUGAACAUAUCCCCCUAAAAGAAUAUACUUGUAGCUUCUAUUUUAUUUCUAGACUUGAGACAAACCACAGUACGUAUAUUAGCAACGUACAGCAACAAUCAAAGGGCCAAUUAAAAGUAUUAUAAGAUUGCAUCUUUUCUAGCUCCCAGGUGGGAUUUGAUUAUUAGGUAUAAAGAGGAGGAUUUGAUAUGUUUUGUCGAAACUGGAGGGUUUGAUAUGUUUUGUCUAAGGCCUGGCCUAUGGUAGUGCUUUUGGAGAGAAUGAGUGAUGUGUUUAGAUAAGGUGUCAUGAGUUCCUUAUAUUUUAUUUGUGUCCGUGACUUACCACGAAGUUAAUUAUAUAUGAAAUCGAUGAAUAGUUUCUGGCUAUGCUCAUCUACUUUGAUAUUUUCAUCAUGGUUUUACAUUUUAAAGAGUUUUCAGUAAGUGGCAUGAAUUUCUUCAUAAUAUCUAUGUAUUGUAUGCAUUUUUUUGCCAUUUCUAAUGUCUAUAAUAUACAUAUUUUUUCUUGGCAAGUGUGUCAUUUUGAAAAUAUGCCUUCUCUACCUGAACUAGUCAGUGUGUUUCCAUUUCAUCUGUGUUACCCAUUUAUCAGUUUAUGUAUGUUGUCUUGUUAUCAUUCUGGUCAGUGUAUUGUAUUGUAUUUUUUUUAUCUGUUUAGGAACAAUUACCUGGAUAAGUCUCAGUAGUAUUGUAGUAUUUUGAUCUAUGUAUUUUCAAACAAAAAUUACCCAGGUAAGUCUCAGAAGUUAAUUUGAAAGGAAUUUUUAGCAAGUCAUUUGGAGAAAUGUAGAUCAGCAUGAGCAGUAGGAUCCAAUUACUAUUUUCUUCAUCUAUAACAUGUUCAGUUAAAUUACUUUCCAUAUUGGUAUUGGAUGUGCAUGACAAUUGAAAUUUUACUUCAGGGAUAUUUUCCCUCUCAAGACAUCACACUAUUUCCUUGAACAACCAAAGAUGUAUUAUAACUUUUCUACAUUACAGCAGUACUCAUACUUUGAAAUAAUAUAACAUUAAUAUUUAAUAACUUUAGAAAAAAUAAUAUGGGCUUCAAAAAUUAUAUUUGUUACUGUCUUCCUAACAUUAUAGUAUAUGGGUUUUGAAAAUGACACUAAUCCAGUAUCUCAUCCAGUUUACAAUGUAGCGCUGUUACCUGCAAGAAUUUGCCACUUUGUGUGUUGUGGGAAGCUUUGGAAGGCAACAGCCUAAAUAUAAUACAGCCAAGGCUCAGUUAUGUACCCAUUCUUUUUCUUCUUUUCACUCCAUUUAUCUUUGUUCCUAUCAAGAGUGAUUGUUCAGUAGUGACUUGAAAAGACUUAAAUUGGGAUAUAUUUCCUAGAACAAGCAGAGGAUGAGUUUAAACAACAUAUCUCCUUCUCUCCUGUAGAAUUUGAGUGUCUCUGGUGAAAUGAGAGAAAGUCAAACGAGCCCUCUUUUGGACAUGGCCUCAAUGAGGUGAUGGUCCUUAGGUUACUUAGGGUCAAGUAUAUAUUAGGAAUGUCGUUGUUAAUGCAACAACUCCCCACGCUAUGUAUCUUCAAGGCUGGAUUUACUGGAUCAUUCAAAUCUUGUGUCCUCAAGAUCCAUGGGUGCAAGAAAAUGUCCCUUCCAGAUGGAUUGCCACACCGACUAAACCAUUUUCAUCCUGGAAGGGGUCUGUCUCCCAGAUGCGUUCAACAAGCUGAGAUUGAUCUCUGGUCUCUUUAUCACCUUGACAAUUGGACACUACGAGUGGGUGGCCAUAAGAUCCUGAAGCAAUCCAUCUAUGAACUCCUCGAUCGCUUGCUACUGGGUUGUGGAGCAAGGGAGGAAGAGGUGAACCUGCCCACAAGCAAGAAGUGUGUGGUAUGCUCAUGACGUGCAAUGGAGCUAUUGACAGAAAUAGGACAAGUUAUAGGCACAAGAGACUAGGCAAGCUUAAGGUGAGGAACAUGGAAUGUGUGAAGGAUGGGCCAAUGCCUCAAGGGAUGAUAGGCACUCUUUCACUUCUGCCUGAGGCAAUAAGGAUUUUAUAGUUCACAUUGAUAACAACUCCAAGGCCAUAUUACUCUUGAUGACAUCUCUCACACAUCUUCUGCAUAUAGCGACACUACUGGUCAGAUGACCAGUUGCAACAAUGUCUCACAGCUGAGGUGCAUUGAUCAAAUCUUAUGACCACAGCUGUUGCAGAGGGAAGGAGAAUCCUUGUUCAGGGAAGUCUUAGCUGUGAGGCAUUGACAAGUAAUGUUGGGGGGUUUUGUUUAGGUUAGGUAAUUAACAAAAUGUGUAAAUAGGCUAAGCAUAUAGCACAAGAAUGACAACUACGAGUAUGCAAACUGCAACGUUUUAGAUGAAAACAAAACAUUCAAAAUGAUGCAGAAAAUCAAUAUCAAAUAAAUCACAAAAAUUUCAUUGAAUGAACUAAUACAUAAAGUAAAGUACUAGGUGCUAUGUAACUACUAGUAGUACAGCAGAUGAACAAUUAAAGUUACGGUUAACACAAAACAUUAAAAAAAUAAGUAACAACAUAUCCUACCUUGAAAUAAAAAUUAAGAUCAUUAAUGCUAGGAGGGAAAUUCCAAGGAAACA